AUGCCGCUCUUUGGGCGUCUCGGGACCGCCGCGUCCGCGGGCCUGCGGCGCCUCUGCACGCAGCGGGUGCCUUCGUUGGAGUUCCGGCCGCUGGUGCUGGCGCUGCAGCCGCCGGUGCUGCGGGCGCCUCACCCCACUCUGCCCCCUGCGCCGGUGCCUUUGGCACCGGCUGAGAAGCCAUUGGAGGAGAGGGAACCGGAGAUGCAGGCGAUCAAUACGCGGCGCCAGCUGCGCAGGUGGAAGCAUCGGAGAAAGCGAGACGGCGGCAGGGACCGGAAGUUCCGGCUGAAGUACGGCUGA